GUUUUCUAUUUUUCAUUCUUUUAUUAUUCCUGUUCUUUCUAUUUCCCAAGAGCAUACUUGAAGUAUAAAAAUGUCUUCUGAAGAGCCUAUACAGGAGCCCAGUGAUGUACCAAGGGAAACCAAAAAGGUCAAGUUGGAGGACCCAGUCGUUUCUAAAUCCACAACAAAUAGUCCUCCAGUCAGUGAUGCAAAGGAACCACCAGUCCAUGAAGUGGUGGGUGGGUCUUCCAUGAGACAGUAUUUGAAUAAGCAUUUGACUCAGCACUUGCUUGAAGGACUCCAAGAAGUAAGCAAGGAUAAGCCUGAAGAUCCGUUGAGAAAGUUAGGGGAGUUCUUGAUCAAAAGAGCAGAUGAGUUGAACGCUUCCGGCUCUUCAUAGGCUGUUCGUUUGUGUAUUUUAGUCCAAUAGUUCAUACGGUGUAUUAUAUACUUAUUAUAUAAAGUUAUAAAUGUAAUUAACAAUGAUUUUUCACUUACGGCUUUUUCACUGAGUAGCUUCAAUCAAGCCCUCAGAUACACAGUUUCCCGCUCCGAUUGUCACAGUUCUAUAGUACACCAUUAUAACUACUCUGAUAACUGUAUUAUACUUUGUUAUCCACUCUGUCAUAGACCUUUCUUCUCUGUUAUCA